AUGAUUGGCCGAUAUACAAACUAUGUAUUUUCUGCACCACCAAUCAUUCAGCAACCAAAGGAUACAGAUAAUAGUGGUGAUGGUAAUAAAGCUCACACUGGCGAUAUAUUUAAAAUUACAAAGAAUUUUGUUCAGGAAAAACGCCAAGACAGUAUAAGACGCAGUUGCUUACAUUCUUACAGCAAUUACUCUUCACAAUCAUUCCUCGAUAAAUUGAAUAAAAACAUAGCAUUGUAUACCCCAAUGGGGUUCUUAUACUGUCGUAUUCAGAAGUCGGGUUCUACGUUUCUACGAGAGAUAAUGAAACAGUUUUUCGAAGGAAUGUUCCAACUAGAAUUGCAAGGUCAUAAAAUGCUUGUAAAUAGAUCGGAGGACUUCAUUACUUGUCUAGCAAAGUCAUCAAAAUUUAUGUUUGUUCGGGAGCCAUUUAGCAGAGCCCUGUCGGGAUAUGUAGACAAACUAUUUGCUCCUAAUCCGGGGUACUGGAAGGGACUAGGACGCCAUAUUGUCAAAACAGUGAGAGGAUUGAAGUCUAGUCAUAAAUCACUGAGAUGUGGUCAUGACGUCACAUUUCCAGAAUUCAUGAAAUACGUGGUCAUCUCGCAAAAGACUUUGAAACAUCGUGACAGGCAUUUUUACCCAAUGUAUGAACAUUGUUAUCCUUGUGGUAUUAAAUAUGAUUUUAUCGGUAAAAUGGAAACAUUUCGAGAGGAUGUGACACUUUUGCUGGAUUCCUUUAAUUCAACAUUUUCUGUUAAAAAACCACGUGCAGAUUUUGAACUGGCACCCGAUUUGAGUAUUGUUGAAAGUCAAAUCAAGCGAGCUUUUAAUUUUAAAAGUGAAACACAAUUGUGUGAGCCAUUUCACAAGUCACUUAAAAGAGUUUGGCGACUUCUUCAAAUAAGCGGAGUCCUUCCAUUAGAAGUCCAAAUGCCUUUUAGUGUGGAAAAAACAAAACACAUCUCUUAUUCUGAAGUGCUUGAUAAAAUUAAAGGUAUUAUGCAAUCCAUACAAAAUCGAACAAAAUUGAAAGAACAGAGGCUUGAGGCAAAAGAAGAAGCAUAUAGUUUAAUAUCUACAGACAUGCUGAAAGAAUUUAUAAAACUUUAUCGUUUUGAUUUUGAAUUCUUUGACUAUACAACAAACCCCUCUUUUAUAAAAACUAGAAUUUUUGCAUCUUUUUCAAAAGAACUGAAAUACUUCAAUAUUUUUAAUUAG